CAGCGGCGUACACUGGACCUUCCUAAGAUUUAGCCCCACUAUGCCCCUCAACCCCACCGCGCUCCAGCCGACGGCGCAAACAAUGGCCUCCGUCUGCGACGAUGGCGAUUACGCACAAAAGUUCAGCUGGACAAGAUGGGAUAACGUGACGGGAAUUGCCGGCAGACAAUCGAAUUUGUGAUAUCUAAACCACCUUGCUGUCACGAUUGUCCGGGCAGUGCCCCUUAGUUAUACACCAAUUCACCAUCAUCGCCAUCUCUCUGCCUGCCCGCUCCUUGACCCUCAUCGCAUAUACCCCAGGGCAAACUCCUCACCAUGGCCGAAAUCACCAUCACCGGCUGGACUACGCGGGAUGUCCGGUUCCCAACCUCGUUAGACAAGACGGGCUCAGAUGCCAUGAACGCGGCAGGCGACUACUCAGCCGCCUACUGCAUCUUGCAAACAGAUUCGGCUUAUACGGGCCAUGGGAUGACGUUCACCAUCGGCCGAGGCAACGACAUCGUCUGCGCAGCAAUCAACCACGUUGCCGAUCGCAUUAAGGGCAGAACGCUGUCUAGUUUGGUCGCUCACUGGGGCAAGACAUGGCGUCACCUUGUCAACGACAGCCAGCUCCGAUGGAUCGGCCCUGAAAAGGGCGUGAUUCACCUGGCUCUAGGCGCUGUGGUCAAUGCAAUCUGGGACUUGUGGGCCAAGGUGUUGGGCAAACCCGUAUGGCGCGUCGUGGCUGAGAUGACGCCCGAGCAAUUCGUCGACUGCAUCGAUUUCCGCUACAUCACCGACGCCGUGACGCCCGAGGAAGCCGUGGUGAUGCUACGAGAGAUGGAACCGGGCAAGGCAGCCCGUUUGCGCGACGCCGAGAAUAGCCGCGCCGUUCCCGCCUACACCACCAGCGCUGGUUGGCUUGGCUACGGCGAGGACAAGAUGCGCGCGCUACUGCAGGAGACUUUGUCCAAGGGAUAUAGGCAUUUCAAGCUCAAGGUCGGCGGCAGUGUGGAGCAAGACAAGCGUAGGCUUGGUAUUGCGCGCGAGGUGAUCGGGUACGACAAGGGAAACAUCCUUAUGGUCGACGCCAACCAGGUCUGGUCUGUUCCCGAGGCGAUCGAGUACAUGAAACAGCUGGCCGAGUUCAAACCCUGGUUCAUUGAGGAGCCGACAUCGCCCGACGAUAUUCUGGGACACAAAGCCGUGCGCGACGCGCUCCGGCCGUACGGCGUCGGGGUUGCUACAGGAGAGAUGUGUCAGAACCGGGUUGUGUUCAAGCAACUACUCAUGGCGGGCGCUAUCGACGUGUGUCAAAUCGACGCAUGUCGCAUGGGCGGCGUCAACGAAGUUCUGGCGGUGCUCCUCAUGGCUAAGAAAUAUGGCAUUCCUAUCGUGCCGCACUCCGGUGGUGUCGGCCUGCCCGAGUACACUCAGCACCUCAGCACCAUCGACUAUGUUUGCGUGAGCGGAAAGCUUUCGGUCCUAGAGUAUGUGGACCACCUACACGAGCACUUCUUGAACCCCUCAGUCAUCAAGGACGGGUUCUACCAGACGCCGAUGGAGCCCGGAUACAGCGUCGAGAUGAGGCCUGAGAGCAUGGAUAGGUAUGAGUAUCCUGGCGGCGAGAACAGCUGGUGGAGAAGCGAGGAGGCUAGGCCGAUAUUGGAGGGCGAUAAGAUAUAGAGAGGAAUGUCAAGUCGGAACUGUCUUGCAUCUAGGAGCAUUUUGGUAGCUACAAAAAAAAUCUGAAUGCAAGGAGAGAUGGGGGAAAAAUAGAACUAGCUGCGACUCGUUUCGAUCGAGUGACCUCCGGGUUAUGAGCCCGGCGCGCUUCCGCUGCGCCACGCAGCUUGUAACUUGUUUGCUUGUUGAAUAUAGAUGACUAGAAAGUGGGUUAUAUGCAUUCA